AUGUCUGAACCGACGUUCUCCAAUUUGAUCCGAUUCCUAGACGAGUCGUCCGUUGAACUUUAUGGAGAUGUCACGAAUAGUUCGCUGGAUAUCAUUGUUGGCUUAGUAGUCCCCGAAGGAGAGUUAAUGGAUUAUGAGGGAGAGCUGUGCGUUAGCAUCUCAAAGACUGGCAAAAACAUUCCCGAGGAAAAGGCUCUCGACUACGUCUUAGGAGUUACAGCGGGAAAUGAUCUCUCCUCGCGCAAAUGGCAGCGACCUCCCUACUCAGGGGGACAAUUCACCUACGCCAAGUCGUUUGACUAUUUCGCUCCAAUUGGACCUACGAUUCUCCAUGGCUCCUUGAUAGCUUCCAAUCCCCCGCUCAAGAUUAAGACAAUAGUUAACGGCGAAGUUCGGCAAAACGGAAGCAUAAAUGAGAUGCUCUUCAAUAUUGAAAAGAUCAUUGCGCAUGCGAGCAGAGGAACGACGCUAAGGUAG